AUGGUUGCUCAAGAAUUCCUUUCGCAGUUGGACAAACUGCACUUCGUUGACUCGGCGAAUUUGCAUGAUUUUGCCGACCGAUGUGCCUACCUCCUCUCCUUCAUUAUCCUCUUGAUGUGCUUCACUAUUGUAACCCUCAAAUCCUACGUCUUCGAACCCUUCUCUUGCUACACAGCCACGACCUUUUCUGGGUCUAAUAUGAUCUCCUACAUCAAUUCAUUUUGUUGGGUUAACGGGACUGUUCCAGCUGACGUGAACACCAAUCGACUGGAUGAUCCCGUCUACUGGGACUACCUCGAAAGCAAGAAAUUAAACUACUACCAAUGGGUUUCCUUGGUUUUGGCAUUUCAAGCAAUAUUGUGCUACUUCCCUUCACUACUAUGGGAAGGCCUAACAUUUAAUCGCAUUGGAACGAACAUUAAUUUCUACGUCGAAUUCGCACAAGGCGCAGCCAAAGAGACUGGCAUUAAUCGGAAAAACAGGAUCCAAUUUCUAGCCUCCGCUUUGGACACCCUCUUAUUCGCCAGGCGUCCACUUUCCCAUCGACCCCACAGCUCCUUAUGCUACGGCAUAGCGGAGUUCUUUGGUGAACUGCUUCCACGCAAACGUAUGGGUCGCGCAAUAUGUGCCUACUAUCUCGUGAUUAAGUUGCUCUACUUCGCCAACGCCGUCCUCCAGCUUGUAAUCAUGGAACGCUUCCUAGGCAUGCCAGACAGCCAUAAAUUAUUUGGAGUUCAGAUUCUCCUCGACCUGUGGCAUGGCCGUUACUGGCAGGCGACACUCAUCUUUCCUCGCGUGGGCUAUUGCCGUGUCCCCAUUAAACUGGUGGGAAGGAACGUCCCUACACUGAUUGCCCAAUGCACUAUGCCGGUAAAUAUGCUCAACGAGAAGAUCUACAUCUUCCUGUGGUUCUGGUUUGUCGCAGUGGCUACGCUUCAGGCGAUCAGCAUAAUUACUUGGACUCUGCGUCUCUCUAUGCGGAAACGACGUGUGAAGGCGUUGAUUCACUACCUGAAAAUUGCGGAGGCCUACGACCAAGGCAUGCGAGAAACGCUGAAGCGCUUUGAGGCCACUUGCCUCCGUCCAGAUGGCACCUUUCUGCUUCAUAUGCUGCGACUAAAUGCUGGCGAUAUCAUUACAAAUGAACUUAUUCAAGCUCUCUUCGAGCGUUACAUCCGACACGAAAAAUUGGCUGAUGCGUCACCAAUUAGGGAGGUUGGAUCCGCAUCGGUCAGCAGUCCAAAUCCAUCCGCGGAUGCAAAGGAUGAUGAGGGUUCUGUAUUGAAGCACAGGUCUAAAUCCAAUUGGACGCUCGACAGCUUCCAAGUUACCUCUGAAGACAAUAAGAUUGACGGGGUCGGAAGUAGGCUUGUUAUCAAUGUGCAGAAGAAAUAA